AUGCCCCAAAAGGCAAAGACCCGCCUCCUCCUCCUUUCCGAUACUCACACAACAACCCCCUCCCCCGCACUCUCCAGCUCUUCUUCGGGCUUCCCAUCAACACCCUACCGGCACCCGCUCCCCUCGGCCCAAGUCCUCCUGCAUGCCGGUGACAUCACGAAAGUCGGCCUUGCCUCCGAACACAAGGCCAUACUCGAGAUACUUAAGUCCCAUCCAGCCGAACUGAAGAUCGUGAUUGCCGGGAACCACGAUAUCACUCUUGACGAGGAAUACUAUAAUCGUGUGGGGUGGUUGCGGCAUAGGUAUAGAGAUGCAAAGGGGAGGGAUCAUCUGGCUGCGCUACCCAGAGUCCCUGAAUUGGGAACUACAACUGAAGGAUCACAGGGUCCUAGAUCAUCCCUGAACUCCCCCUCAGCCAUAAAAGCCCUAUACACAGACUCCACCGCCAUAAAUGCCGGUAUCCGGUACAUGGAAGAAGAGGUCAGGACAUUCACUGUGCCCUCCACAGGCGCAAAGUUCACCAUUUACGCGAGUCCCUAUACGCCCGAGUUUUGCGACUGGGCGUUCGCAUACCCACGAAGCGUCGAUAUCCUUUUAACUCACGGGCCACCAAAGGGGAUUCUAGACCAAGUAGUCGGGAGCGGCGAGAAUGUGGGAUGUGAGCACCUCUAUCGUGCUGUGAGGAGGGCGCGGCCGGCGCUGCACGUCUUUGGGCAUAUUCACGAGGGGUAUGGAGCGCGACGAUUAGAGUGGGAGCGUUCUGGGUCAGACUCAGAUACUGCGACUGGGUCCGGGACCCCAGCUGGAAGCGCACUUUUGAGCCGAAAAGGCUUAUUGUAG